UGCCAUUAAAUUGUCAACGCAUGAAGAAAUGAUAACAAGGAUUAUUUUUAGACAACCGAUGUUGGAUAAUGGUAUUAUUAAAUAUGGAUUAGCACAACUAAGUGAUGAUGAAGAUGUGGACAUGAUGUUUGACUACAUAUCGACAAUCAGGCCAGUAGAUUCAAUAGUAUUAUAUGUAGAUAUUUUAUCUCGUCAUCAUAGAACAGAAGAUGGAGGUAUUGGGACUUCAACUAGUUGUCCAAUCGUUAUGGAGGGUGAAGGUGAAGACAAUCUCCGGGAUGAUAAUUGUCCGGUUGUGGGGAUACAAACGUGUCAUGAAUUACAGCACAAUGCACAGAAUGUUGGCCAGGGUGAAAAUGAUGAUGAUACUGAUUUUCUUGAUGAAUUAGAUACAGAUGGAGAUGAUCCUUGGAUUGACGAGGAAGACGACAUUCCAGAUGUUCAAUUUAAUGAUGGAGAUGAUCAUGAUAUAAAUUCUUCAAUAUGUUUUAAUAGUGGAUAUGAAAAUCCUAUUAGACCAUUGAUAUUUCCACCUCCGUAUUCUGAAAUUGACUCUGAUGUAAUGAGAGUUGAUCCUUAUGCAAAAGAUCCAUCGAAUCUGUUCUGGGAUAAGUCGAAAGAAUUUUCUGUAGGAAUGAUAUUCAGAUCUCGAGAGGCUGUCGUCGCUGCUGCUAAAGAGUAUCAUAUGCUGCGACAUCAUCAAUUUUGUUAUGAUGAAACUAAGAGUAGGACUUAUUCGAUCAAGUGUAAGGACAAAUUAUCUGGUUGUCAAUGGCACCUUCGUGCAUCCCAUAAAGAAAAUGCUGAUGUUUGGAAGAUAACAAGAUAUAACGGUCCGCACACAUGUAGAAACGCAGGUGUUAGUAAAGAUCAUGGUCACCUUGAUUCUAGAUUUAUUUGUGCAUUUAUCUUACCCAUGAUCGAACAACAGCCAGAUAUGAAAGUUGCCACUCUUCAGGCUGAGAUCAAAGAUAAGGUUGGAUAUGAACCGUCCUAUAAAAAAACAUGGAUGGGAAAACAAUUUGCGAUUGAAAAGAUUUUUGGUGGAUGGGAGGAAUCAUAUGGGAGAUUGCGUAAGUUCAUGCAUGCUAUUGUGAAUUACAAUCCCGAUACAGUUGUCGCAAUUGAAGAUGAUCCACACUGGAUUGAAGGUCGUUUGGAUAGGAAUGUUAGAGUGUUUGAUAGAAUGUUUUGGGCAUUUCAACAAUCAAUUGAAGGAUUCAAGUUUUGUAGGCCAGUCAUCUUUGUUGACGGAACUUUUUUAUAUGGGAAAUAUAGUGGUUGUAUUCUUUGUGCAACUGGGCUUGAUGAAAAUAAUAUGAUUUUUCCAUUAGCAUUUGCAUUAGUUGAAAAAGAGGAUAGUGACAACUGGGGAUGGUUCAUGGAUUGUCUUCGAUUAUAUGUUACCGACAGAGAAGAAUUAUGUGUUAUAUCCGACAGACACAUUGGGAUUAAAAAGGCAAUGCAAAAGGAUUGGUGGCAGCCCCCAUCAGCCAACCAUCGAUAUUGCAUUCGACAUAUAUUAAACAAUUACAAUACAAAAUUUAAGAAUACCGAUAUGAAGGAAGCUUUGCGCACGGCAGCUAAUCAAAAUCAGAAGCGCAAAUUUUAUGAUGCCAUGAAUAAGAUACGGGAAGUCAGUCUUGAAACAUUUGAGUGGGCCCUUAAAAUACCUUUAGAAACGUGGACACGGUCACAUGAUGGAAGAAAAAGGUAUGGAUCCAUGACAACAAAUACAAUUGAAUCUGUCAACGGGAUGUUGAAGGGGUUUCGUGCAUUGCCCGUCACAGCUAUGGUUGAAAAAAUAUUCUAUCAAUGUGCUAACUACUUUGACAUACGUCGCACGGCGUAUUUGAAUCAAAUGCAAAUGGGGCACACUUUUACGCAUGCAUGUGCAGAAGUAAUUAGAAACAACGAGAUGAAAGCAGCAAGACAUCGGGUGACACGAUUUAGUAACGAAGCUUUAGUUUUUGAAGUUCGUACCAGUGGCACCGGGAAUAAGCAAGUUGUUAAACUAAUAGAAGGUACAUGCACUUAUGGUAAAUUUCAAGAGAUGCGAAUCCCCUGUUCACACGCCAUAGCAGCUUGUCUGUCGAAAUCCAUGGAUUAUGAUCAAUAUGUUGAUACAUACUACACAUUGGAACGUACUUUAAAAUGUUAUGGCAGUAUGUUCAAUCCAUUGGGUCAUUCUGAUUACUGGCCAGAACCAGACGGUAAACCUCUAAUUCCUGAUAUGCAAAGAAUUAGAAAAAAGGGGCGACCAAGAAGUAGCAGAAUUCAAAACGAGAUGGACUGGAGGGCAUCAAAGGUUUCUUCAACUUCUAAAAACCAUUGUACUAUAUGUGGAAAGUCUGGUCAUAAUAAACAAACAUGUAUCGUCAGACGUUGUUGAACUAAUUUAUGUGACUGUAAUUUGAUAAUUUCUCUAUAUUGGACUGAUUAAUAUAUUUGGUACAAAUUAUGGAUCACAAUCAAAAUAUGUCACAUGUACUGCACUAUUAC